GCCGGGUACACCACGUGACCCCUCCGCCCCGCCCGCUCGCCAGUCACCCAGUCUCGGAGGUUAGCUCCCUGCUUGCUCCGUUAGCCGUCAUCUUCAGGGCUACGUUGUUAGCUCCGAGCAAAGCCCGCGGGAACAGCAUACGAAGGCAAUGGCGGCCACGGCCAGGGACCCCAUGGCGAACCACAGCGACUUCCAGGAGGUGGAAAACGCAGAGGACCUGUUCCCGGAACUGACGGGCGGCCCUCACGAGGAAGCGGACUCGAGCGGCGGGAGGUCCAACGGGCCCAAGGUUGACUUUGACGACGACGCAGACGACCUGUUUGCAGAGGCCACAGAGGAGGUGUCGCUGGACAGCCCGGAGCGAGACGUGCUGCUGUCGGACGGUCCGUCGCCCGCCAUCACUCCCGUCACGCCGCCCGCCUCCGUCCUCACGCCGCGCUUGGCGCGCGUCCACGACGACAUGUUCACGCACUCCUCCUUCGAUGAGCUGGAAGAAGAAGAAGAGUCCGGCGAGGCGUCGGCCGUUGCGGUCUCCGUGUCGGAGCCCGAGAAAAUCGGCGAGGGCAUGAACGCCUACGUGGCCUACAAGGUGACCACCAAGGCGCCGCCGCCGUCGUCGGCGUUGUUCCGCCUUCCCGAGUUCUCGGUCCGGCGACGCUUCAGCGACUUCCUGGGCCUUCACGGGAAGCUGGCGUCCAAGUACAUGCACGCGGGCUACAUCGUGCCGCCCGCGCCGGAGAAGAGCAUCGUGGGGAUGACCAAGGUGAAGGUCGGGAAGGAGGACCCGUCGUCCAACGACUUUGUGGAGAAGAGAAGGUUGGCCUUGGAGAGGUACCUGAGGCGCACGGUGCAGCAUCCCGUCCUGCUCAAGGAUCCCGACCUCGUGCAGUUUCUGGAGAGUUCCGAGUUGCCGCGGGCCGUCAACACGCAAGCUCUGAGCGGCGCCGGCCUGCUCAGGAUGGUCAACAAGGCCGCCGACGCCGUCAACAAGAUGACCAUCAAGAUGAACGAGUCGGACGCCUGGUUCGAGGAGAAGCAGCAACACUUUGAGAAUCUCGACGCACAACUGCGGAAAGUCCACGCCAGCGUGGAGUCGCUCGUGUGCCACAGGAAAGAGUUGUCCCAGAACGCGGCGCAGUUCGCAAAGUCGGCCGCCAUGCUGGGCAACAGCGAGGACCACACGGCGCUGUCGCGAGCUUUGUCUCAGCUGGCCGAGGUGGAGGAGAAGAUGGAGCAGCAAUACCAGCAGCAGGCCAACGCCGACUUCUUCCUCCUGGCCGAGCUCCUCGGCGACUACGUGCGCCUCCUCGCCGCCGUCAAGGGCGUGUUCGAGCAGCGCGUGAAGGCCUGGCAGAGGUGGCAGGACACUCAGCUGAUCCUGCAGAGGAAACGAGAGGCCGAAGUCAAACUGCACUUUUCAAACAAAGCCGACAAGUUGCAGCAGGCCAAAGACGACAUCAAAGAGUUGGAGGGCAAAGUCCAGCAGGGAGAGCGAGACUUUGAGCACAUUUCCAGAGUCAUCCGCCGAGAAGUCGCUCGCUUCGAAAAGGAACGCGUCAAAGACUUCAAGAUGCUGGUCAUCAACUACUUGGAAGCUCUGGCACUCACGCAGCAACAGCUGAUAAAGUACUGGGAAGCGUUCUUACCAGAGGCCAAGGCCAUCUCAUAGAGCACCCACAAUGCACCAGGCCUCCUUGUUUCCGCGCUAACCGGAAGCUAACGUGCUCAUCGGACACUGUCGGACGCUUACCGAUCCUCCUCCUCCUCGUCCUUCCCCCCCCCCCCCCCCCCCCCUUGGUCACCUGACAUGUGAGGCGCAGCUUGCUUUCACACCUUCGCGACACUUGACCACGUCGCAAGUCCAAGACCAUCUCCACGCUGUGUUUUUUGUUUUUUGUUGUAACUCAAAUGGCCACACUCGCCUUAAAAAACGCUUUCAAGGUUCAGAAUGGACCUCGGUUUGUUUUUCAAGUGUCACAAGCCAGCCGACAAAAUGCUAACGCUAGCAACAACAAUGGCGGGUAAACGGGCACCGUCCACACCUCGUGGCCGGAAAGAUUCUAGCGCGAGUGACAUGCGAGGCCACUUUGCGGCAGCUCAAUUGGCCGCGGGCUCAACCAAUCAUUCCAAUCGCAAAGGUAAAGUGGACUCGUCUCCGAUCUCUUUGAUUCAGCUUCUUCACAUGCUAAUCGUAGUUAGCAUUUCACUUUUGAGAGCCGCCACCAGUUUGACAGCUUAAAUGCUACGCUAGCUCACAACUAAAUAGAGUGAGGCCCUUGUGAUUUUAAAACGCGUGAAAUGCUGACGAUUAAUCGAUAGCUGCAUGAUAAAUCACGUUUGACGUGUAUUAUUCAAGUCCUCUACUCAAUCGGUCACCCACCAAUGUUAGGUGGCUAACUAAGCGCUAACUAGCUUGCAGCGGGGCGUUCGGUUGCCACACCUCUCCAUGCUAACGACGUUUCUCCGUUCUCUCUGAGUUAGCGCCACACGCUAAUCAAGUUUGAGAUGGCAAAAUGCUUAUUUAUUGCCGCUGAAAUGUGAAAAGAGAAAAGUAGUUUGCCAAACCGUCCGUAGCGCUGCAUCAUAUUUGUCACAUCCUGACCGAGACGAAGCCUCAAACUCGGAACGUUUUGGUUCUUUUUUGUCUGUUAACCAAUUGGAAAGCUACGCUAACGAGCAACUUGAGGUGACAAUCGAAGAGCACACUGGAAUGAAAUGAAAUGUCAACAACAUCGUCAACACUUUUUCACGACUUUGUCCUAAUGACUUGAUUUUUCUUUUUCUCUUAAUUUGACUUCAUCGGAAGAUUUCUUGAUUUUUUUUUUUUUGCCGAUGAUGAACUUUUUCAUAUUUUGUAACUUUUCUGUGGAAUGACAUUGACCUGUGAUGAAAAAUAAAGAAUGUAUCCUCAUGACUUGAUUUCAACACA